GCGCACCUCCAUUUUUGUGCGCUCUCCUAAUGAGGUUUUUUUUCUUCCGAACCCGUUUCAGGAUUAAUUGUUGCUGUAUUUUUUUGACCAGUUAACAUAUUUGAGGAUAAUUUUAUUUAUUUUUUGUUUUUUAACGGAGAAUUUUGUUUUUAUUUUUAAUUAUUUGGAUCUGAUAUUUUUCUACUACUAGAUAGGACUCUUGCUUUGGACCUACUACAUGGAUCAGUAAAUACCUGGGCACAGGACUUCAAAGCAAACACAGAUUCCCCCUCCCCCUUAAUAUUUAAGAAUUAAAAGAUGAUGAGAAAUAAGGACAAAAGCCAAGAGGAGGACAGUUCGCUACACAGCAAUGCAUCGAGUCAUUCGGCAUCUGAAGAAGCUUCGGGUUCAGACUCAGGCAGCCAGUCGGAGAGUGAGCAGGGCAGCGAUCCAGGAAGUGGACAUGGCAGCGAGUCAAACAGUAGUUCUGAAUCUUCGGAGAGUCAGUCAGAAUCUGAAAGUGAAUCGGGAGGUUCCAAAUCCCAGCCAAUUCUUCCAGAAGCCAAAGAGAAGCCAGCCUCUAAGAAGGAACGGAUAGCUGAUGUGAAGAAGAUGCGGGAAGAAUAUCCUGAUGUUUAUGGGGUUAGGCGGUCAAACCGAAGCAGACAAGAACCAUCACAAUUUAAUAUUAAGGAGGAGGCAAGUAGCGGGUCUGAGAGUGGGAGCCCAAAAAGAAGAGGCCAGAGGCAGCUGAAAAAACAAGAAAAAUGGAAACGGGAACCCUCAGAAGAUGAACAGGAACAAGGCACCAGUGCAGAGAGCGAACCAGAGCAAAAAAAAGUGAAAGCCAGAAGACCUGUCCCCAGAAGAGCAAUGCCCAAACCUCGUGUUAAAAAGCAACCUAAGGCUCAGCGUGGAAAGAGGAAAAAGCAAGAUUCUUCUGAUGAUGAGGAUGAAGAUGAUGAAGCUCCCAAAAGGCAGACUCGCCGCAGAGCGGCUAAAAAUGUUAGUUAUAAAGAAGACGAUGACUUUGAGACUGACUCAGAUGACCUCAUUGAAAUGACUGGAGAAGGAGUUGAUGAACAGCAGGAUAAUAGUGAAACUAUUGAAAAGGUCUUAGAUUCAAGGCUGGGAAAGAAAGGAGCCACUGGAGCUUCUACUACUGUAUAUGCAGUUGAAGCUAAUGGAGACCCUAGUGGUGACUUUGAACCUGAAAAGGAUGAAGGCGAAGUCCAGUACCUCAUCAAGUGGAAGGGCUGGUCGUAUAUCCAUAGCACGUGGGAGAGUGAAGAGUCCUUACAGCAGCAGAAAGUGAAGGGCCUAAAAAAACUAGAGAACUUCAAGAAGAAAGAGGAUGAAAUCAAGCAAUGGUUAGGGAAGGUUACUCCUGAAGAUGUGGAAUAUUUCAACUACCAACAAGAGCUGGCCUCAGAGCUGAACAAACAGUAUCAGAUAGUAGAAAGAGUAAUAGCUGUGAAGACGAGCAAAUCUACGCUGGGUCAAACAGAUUUUCCAGCUCACAGUCGGAAGCCGGCACCUUCCAAUGAACCUGAAUAUCUAUGCAAAUGGAUGGGACUGCCCUAUUCAGAGUGCAGCUGGGAAGAUGAAGCCUUGAUUGGAAAGAAAUUCCAGAGCUGCAUCGACAGCUUCCAUAGUCAGAACAACUCAAAAACCAUCCCAACAAGAGAAUGCAAGGCCCUGAAGCAGAGACCACGAUUUGUGGCUUUAAAGAAACAGCCGGCAUAUUUAGGAGGAGAGAACCUGGAGCUCCGAGAUUAUCAGCUAGAAGGUCUCAACUGGCUUGCUCAUUCUUGGUGCAAAAGUAGCAGUGUAAUCCUUGCUGAUGAAAUGGGCCUAGGAAAGACCAUCCAGACCAUAUCAUUCCUCUCCUACCUGUUCCACCAACACCAGCUGUAUGGCCCCUUUCUUAUAGUCGUCCGUUUAUCCACCCUCACCUCAUGGCAGAGGGAGUUUGAAAUCUGGGCACCAGAGAUUAACGUAGUGGUUUACAUAGGUGACCUGAUGAGCAGAAAUACGAUACGAGAAUAUGAAUGGAUUCACUGUCAGACCAAAAGGCUGAAGUUCAAUGCACUUAUAACAACAUAUGAGAUCCUCUUAAAAGAUAAGACUGUGCUGGGCAGUAUUAACUGGGCCUUUCUGGGAGUGGACGAAGCCCAUCGGUUGAAGAAUGAUGACUCUUUAUUGUAUAAAACUCUGAUUGAUUUCAAGUCCAACCAUAGGCUCCUGAUACGGGGACCCCUCUUCAGAAUUCCCUCAAAGAGCUCUGGUCCUUGCUGCACUUUAUUAUGCCGGAGAAGUUUGAGUUCUGGGAAGAUUUUGAGGAAGACCGUGGGAAAGGGAGAGAGAAUGGCUAUCAGAGUCUUCAUAAGGUGCUAGGGCCUUUCCUUCUCCGGAGAGUGAAAAAAGAUGUGGAGAAAUCCCUUCCUGCCAAAGU